AUGCCCUCUAAUGAGCGGAUGCUGCCUCGGACACGCCCGUUCCGCGUCUUGAUUGUGGGCGGCUCAUACGGAGGGCUGAGUGCAGCGUUGACGCUACUCGACCUGUGUGGCGGUCGGGUAGCCCGCUUUGACUAUACGCAAGAUGCCAAACCUCCGGGGAGCACAAUCCCGGUGCACAUCACGAUCGUAGAUGAACGCGAUGGGUUCUAUCAUUUGAUCGGCUCUCCUAAAGCUUUGGCGUGCGAAGAGUUUGCAUCUAAAACCUGGGUUACUUAUCCAGAAAUCCCUGCGCUAAAGUCUUCCAAUGUCGACUUCAUCCGCGGGAGCGUCAGCAGCAUCGACCCCCAAGGGAAGAUCGCUGCUGUAACUCACCGGGGAGCCAGCACACCAACGGAGGUGCCAUAUGACUUUUUCAUUGCCAGUUCCGGUCUGCGUCGGGCGUUUCCGACUGUACCGCAGUCACUGGAAAAACGCGAAUUUCUCCAAGAAGCACGCGACCAUCAGAGCAAGAUAGAAAACGCACGCGACGGGGUGGUUGUCGUGGGAGGAGGCGCCGUGGGUGUCGAGAUGGCGGCUGAAAUAAAAGCGCUGUAUCCCUCGCAAAAGGUGACUCUCGUGCAUUCUCGCGACCGACUGUUGUCUGCAGAGCCGCUACCAGACGAUUUCAAGGAGCGGGUAGCCUCUGUUCUGCAGGAAGAGGGAGUUGAGGUCGUACUGGGGAAGCGAGUCAUGGAGACUGUCUCGGUAGAAUCGGAGAAGAGCAGUCAGACGUGGCAGAUUACCCUGGCCGACAAGACGCGAUUGCAAGCAGGCCAUGUAAUCAAUGCGAUUUCCAAGAGCAUUCCGACCACUUCAUAUCUCCCGAAGGAGGUGCUGGACACAGACGGCUAUGUUUUGAUCCAACCGUCCUCCCUGGGAAAAUCCCCCAUGCAGAGCACCACUUUGCGGUUGGAGACAUUGCGACCUGGGCACCCAUCAAACGAUGCGGAGGAGCCAUUCACAUGGGCUAUUACGCGGGACACAACGUGCAUCAGCUGA